AUGUCGACGAUUUCUAGCAGCCAUCCGGGUGGCGCCAACUGGGUCGAGCAGAGCAACAACCCGCUACCGCAAGUGGUCGUCUACUCUGCUCCUGAGGCCGUGAGCAUUUCGAUGAAUAACCUCGGGACCGGCAUCGGCAGCGACGGCACCAAGGACGGCACCAAGGUUCACGCAGGCGAAGAUGACGCCUCGGAGAAUGACGCUGAGCAAGGCAGCCCUCCAGAGCCUCCUCCUGGAGAAACGUCGCGUCUUUGGAAUUGGAAGACAAUGAUCGGCAUCUGCAUAGGCCUUCUCAUCCUCGCCAUCGUGGUUCCUCUCACAGUCACACUGUCCACCAAGAAUCACACCUCUGGUCCAGAUAAGACCGAGAACCUUGCUACUUCUUCUGCCUCAUCGCCAUCGUCUUCCCCCACAACUACCUCUCUGACCUCGCUCCCAGCUCCAUCCUCGACUCUCACGCCGGCCCUCGAGUGCGUCGAGUCCAAGUUCAUCCGGGAAGUCAACUGGCUCGGUAUCGACAAGGGUGGCGGCGGUUGGCUGUACAACUUGUACCCAGCCAAAAGCGCCCAGGACUGCUGCACAAUCUGCCACCUUGAAACUUCUGACGGAUGCAAUGGAUGGCUGUACAUACCGGAGAACUCAUCGACGCCAUCAUGUUCCAUUAUCCACGGCUUCGACGGCCCGAGCGAUAGUGACUCCUGCCCGAAGGGCCGUCCAGAUAUCGUCUUCACAAAGGCUGGCAAUAAGGAGAGCUAUGGUGGACCAGGUCCUUGUGCAGGCUCAGUGCGAGGAUGA